CUGAAAAAGACAGAAGAGAUGUGUCACCUUUUUCAGCCCUUCUGAGUUUGCAGCCUCCCAUGAAAAUGAACGUUUACAGUACUGGAAUCACCAGAUCAUAAAAGGUGAUACAUUAUGGAUUCCCCUCAGAAGACGUCUAAAGGAGCCAUUGGACCAGGAUUGCUGAGUUGACGAGAAUACAGUCCCUCCCCCUGCAUGCUCACCCAUAAAAACUCUGUGAAAGUCUUUGUUUCCUCGACACACUUUUGCGGACUGCUUGACACUCUGUUAAACGGUCUCCUGCUACAUGCAAGAGAAUAAAUAAAAUUACAGAUAAAUCUAGUGUGUCAGACAAUCUUAAUUUCCAGCUUCAUCACCGAACACCAAAGAGAUUUUCCACAACAGUCUGCAGGUUUCUGCUUUGGUGGAAGAUGGCAGUGAUGGUCGUUUUGGCAGCAGUGCUUCUCACUUAUGGAGUCUCUCCAGGAAUUGCAAUGGAGGCUGGUGAAUCUGGUGCUGUGGCUGGGGUUGGAGCUGGGGAAAAUGGUGUGCUUCCACUGGACAUGGCUGAAAACUCUGUUGACGACAUGUACGAUGGGUGCAAAGAUAAAAUGAAGGAGAGGGUAACAAAAGACCUGGAGAAUGAGAAGAACAAAGAUCCAUUCUUCAAAAAGGUCUGGGACAAGCGACAGCUAAAGAAACAGAUAAAAAAUAAAUUACUAGAAAAAGAUCAGAUUGUAGCUAUUAAUUAUUACACCUUUGGCGAAGAAAAUGCGUAUCUUCCUUUCAACGCUGCAGUUCGAACCCAGGGACCUCAGUACAAGACCACAUUUGGGUAUCACGCACUUCACUUUCUCCUGACUACUGCCAUUCGAGCUUUAAGAGCCUCUAAGGGAGAUGAAUGUCUCACUGUCUACCGUAGAGUCAACGAGUACUUUAGCCAAGAUGUUCAAAACAAAGAGAUUCGUUUUGGCUCUUUCACCUCAGCCUCACUGGGUGGUUACGGCAAGGAAUUGUUUGGAGAGAAGUCAUGCUUUGAGAUUGUCACGUGCAUGGGAGCAGAUGUCUCCAACUAUUCUAAAUUUGAGAAUGAAAGAGAAGUGCUGAUUCCUCCCUAUGAGGUCUUUAAAGUCGUAGAGAUAAAGAAGAGGUCAACUAUGCAGCCAGAUCUUCCAUGUGAGGUGGUCUAUAAAGUGAGGAGUACACGCUAUUAUUCCAAGUCGAAUUGUGCUCUUUUUAAGAAGUAAACACUUUCACAUGUUUUACAUACAGUUAACAAAAUAUGUAACAUUCAGGAUGCACCAUGUUAAGUACUGCAAAUGAUCUUUAAUCAAGAUUAAUGAGAAUGUGGAUUUAUUUGUUAAUAAUGACAUUUCUCGACAAUCUCAAAUUGAGGUGUAGAUUUUCUACUGUGCAACAAGUGUUUAAGAGAAAUAAACACUAGCUCCAUAAAAAUAAACUCUUACAAUGUGUCAUUGUUAAACUGGAUCUGCAUUAAAAUGUUUAAAUAAAUAACAAGAAUUUAAAUGUUGUAAUACAUUGUAGGCUAUUAUUGCCCAUGUCAUCUGUAUUUAAAUUGGAUGCAUAACCUGUCCUAUAUACAAAGUUACUGUAUGGAAACUGUCUUAAAAAAAUAUUUAAACACA